CUCCCAACAAUCUCCAUCGCCUGGCUUGUCAUCCAUGUGUGUUAGUUAGAACUCCGCGGUACCCGCCGGUGCGCUUCACUCUUCUGUCUAUACUUACUUUACUACUCUCCUAGAUGGUUUAGUAUACCGACAUUCUCCGCUUUGCCCGCGCCUACUGCCAUGCCCUAAGCACCGGAGGCACACACCGCGUCGUGCACUUUGUAUAUCUGUAUCUUUCUCUCUCACUCUCUCCUCUGCACUUAUGUUUUACGUCUUCUCUCCGCGGUCUCCCCUUCCUGCUCUCUCUCUCUCUCGCUCUCUGUGUUACUUUGUGUGUUUUAACAACCCCAAGGAUAUAAACCCGACUACAUACCCUCGUGCUCUCGUUUGCUGUGCCGAAUUAACGCGAGUUAAAGGUGAACAUAUAAUUUUAAAAUAGUAAUAACAAAUGAUUUUUUAGUUGUUGGUGGUGCUGGUGGAUUGUUAUCAAGUUUUGUGGACAGAACUGACGAGAAGAGACCGAGACAAAAAGAGAAACAAGAGAGAGCAGGAAGAGAGUGCUAAGUGUGUAUGUGGAACUUUGUUUUUUUAAAUUUAUUUAUUUUAAAAAUAUCCCACGCGGUGGAAGUCAUAGACACGUUUAAGUUUUAAGAUGGAAGUUGAUAUUGUUACUGUGCGGUGAAAAUUAAUUACUAUCAGCGGGCGACGACCGGGCAGCACUUUGUGCGUGGAUACCAGUACCAAGUAAUGCGUAUGUUUGUGUGUUGUGUUGCCGUUUUAUUUAUUGAUACGAAAAGAUAAAAAGGAAUAAGGUGAAAAAGUUUAAGAAAAAAGAAAAAAAAAACAUAAAUAAGCUGAAUACUGGUUUUACUGUUUAGACCCGCCCCAAGACGACUAUCUCAUCGUCUUGAAAGGUAUCGACUCUCUUUAGAUACACACACACACACACUCACACUCGACGCACUCGCCAUUCUUAUAACCGCGGCCCCACCUUCUGCCUUAUCGACGACGAGCACGAGUACCCAAGAGCACGGCGACAACGACCACGGCGAUCAAGACCAGGGAGAGACGACAUACGUGUGUGUUAAAUAGCAACUGGGCACUCGGAACAGACGCCAGUUUUAAAAUUACGCUGUGAAAAUUAACGACGCUGCAAGAACGAGACGAGCGUUUGAUGUUGUUUCCCCGCGUACGCUUGCCGACCGCCAGGCCAGUGGUCACAAUUUCCGUCGGCGCUACUACGUCAUCGUUAACAACGUCGUCUGAGUCGUCGCGAAAGGUUGCAACGGUAAAGAGGCAAAAUAAUAAAACAACGCAACGACGCCACCUCCACGCGGCUGGAGGAACCCAAGGUCAUCAUCAUCAUCAUCAACAACAACAUCAACAUCUUCCUCGUCAACACCGCUGUCGUCGUCGGGCACGAGGACGUUCGUUCGCCCGGCUCGCAUGAUGUCCUAGUAUCAAAAAAAUUAAACACGAGAGCAUCUUCAGGGACAAACGUCCGCCGUCAGGACGCCGAGUUAAUAUGAGCAUGACUCUCGUGCGAAACCCAUUCAAAGGGUGCAGUGGAGACGAAUCCAGUGUGGAACUAGCUGAAAUAAGCAGCGGUGGGGCGAGCACUGAGGGCGGAGGGGGCGAUACUAGAUCGGCUAAGCAAGAAGAGAGGUGUCCACAGUGUGGCAUUCUCUGCCGGAACCUCCACGUUCUUCAACUCCACCUCGAGGACGCCCAUAAAACCGCAUUCGUCAUUGAUAAGCACGAUCUCAGUGCUCAGUUUUCUCAAGUUUCCUGCAAAGUUUGCAGCAAGACUUUCGCCAACGUCUACCGUCUUCAGAGGCACAUGAUCAGCCACGACGAGAGCGCAGUACUGCGCAAAUUUAAAUGCCCCCACUGUGAAAAGGCAUUUAAAUUUAAACAUCAUCUUAAAGAACAUCUACGAAUCCAUAGUGGAGAAAAACCAUUUCAAUGUAACAACUGCGGUAAACGUUUUUCUCACUCGGGUUCUUACUCGAGUCAUAUGACGUCAAAGAAGUGCCUGAUAGUAAACCUGAAAAAAUCACGACAAAGCACAAUAAGCAGUAUAGAACGUGCUACUAAAAAACCCCAACUACAACAAGGAGGACAGUCAUUGCAGUCUCGUGGUCCUCAUGAAAUCGAUAUUCAUGCUGUCAAUAACAAUACUUUUUUACCAAUACUACCAAAACUCUCACCGUCAGACUACCAAGAGCUACAAAGAGAGAGUACGGGCAUUUAUGACAUGCCGACACUGCUACCUCCAAUAGUUAACUUCAGCAGUUUGUUUCUUCAAUCAUCACUCGGUAAAAUUCUAAGUCAGUUGCAGACUAAGAGAUUAGACGAGGUGGCCUCCGAACACUAUGAGUCGCAUCGUGAGACGCUGAGUCCGUCAACUGCGGAUUCGGAAGAGACUGAAGGGACUGAAGGAAAGUAUUCGCCGGUACCAAGUGACCCUCAGGGUUUGGAUGCUGUACGUCGUAUUCUGGAGACGGUAAAUACUUCUGUGACCAAACAGCUGCUCGAAGCGAAUGUUAGAAAACUUGCAACGUCACCGGAAACGAUAAAACGUGAGUGCGAUGAAGACUAUCAAGAUCAGGAUAGCGAGAUGUCGGGCGAAACAACGCACUAUCAAGACUGGCAGACUGGAGAUCAGUAUGACUCACAGAGCGAAGGUUUAGCAGCGAAGCUUGAAGAUGCCAGCCAAUCUAGUACGAAAACUCGGCGGGGAUCUAAACGAAAAGCCGAAGAAAGUCUGGCACCAGAGAGUUCAAUAGAGGCCUACUCUGAGGAUGAUGAUGAGUCAAAUAAAACUCUUGCUGAGCCUGGAAGAAGAGUAAGAGCCCGAUCUCUUAUCGACGACGAACAAUUGGCCGUUCUCAAGGGCUACUAUGCCAUCAAUCCCCGUCCGAAGAAAGAAGAAAUUGACAUGAUUGCCAACUACAUUAAUUUUCCAAAACGCGUCGUUCAAGUCUGGUUCCAAAAUUCCCGUGCGAGAGAUCGCCGGGAACUGAGGAUGCCGGCUCUCGUGCCUCUUGCGAGUAUCGGAAACCACCAGCUUCCACUAGAGCAGCCUUUAGAUCUCUCGAAGAAAGAAAAUCUCACAAUAACUCCUUCAGUUAAAGACAAUGAUAUUAUAAACAAUAGAAAUAAUUUAUCAUCACCACACGAGCCAAAAGAUAAUAAUAAAAUUAUACAAAUGACUGUGCCUCAUUCAGAAGUUGAUGAUCUUGAUGAAUCACCCUUGGUUAUUGAUGAAGAGACCACUGAUCCGGUUGAAAUUAAAAAGGAAGUGUCUUCCAGCGGUGACAAUAUAGUAAAGAGUCAAUCAAGGGCCCACGUAAAGUCUGAGCGCGAGAAUGAUAGGCCUGUGCCAGAUGCUCCUCCUUCAACGGAGACCGAACAAGAGGGCGUGUACGUAUGCGAUCAAUGCGAUAAGACCUUCUCCAAGCAUAGCUCACUUGCUAGACACAAGUACGAACAUUCCGGGCAAAGGCCGUACAAAUGCGAAGAGUGUCCGCGGGCUUUUAAACACAAGCAUCACUUGACGGAACACAAGCGUCUUCAUACCGGCGAAAAGCCAUUCCAGUGCUCCAAGUGCCUAAAGCGCUUCUCACACUCUGGUUCUUACAGUCAGCACAUGAAUCACCGGUACUCUUACUGCAAACCAUACAGAGAAUAGAACGAGGACCAUCAUCAUCAUCAUCAUCAUCUAACACCUUAUUCAAACUCAAAAUUUUCACCGUACACAUUCAGACAAGUAUGUACUGCGAACUUUCCUUCACUCGUGACUUAACAUUUAGGUCUCUUUACUGUGAUUACUACUACUGGUCACACUAAGCACACGACAAUAGAUCUAUACACUGAGAGGACAGAGUAUAUAUUAUAUGUGAGAGAGUAGAAUGGGUUUAUUACUUCCGACUUGGUCUAGGGUCUAGGGUCCAGAGUCCAGGUAUACCUACACCACCUACACCCAAGGGACAUAAACAAGAAACGGUAAAACAGGAUAUUACGAAACAUCACACAUAAUAUAACAAUCACGGCUACUCAUAUAUAUAUAUAUAUAUGCGUAAGAUGGUGAUUUCGUAAACUUAUUAAAACAACGGUCUUAAUAAUUAUUUAAAUUAAAACCGUAAAUGUUUUAAAUUAUUGAGACCUCAGACAUUCUUGUCCGCAAAUAAAAAAAAAUGAAACCAAUAAAAAUUGGUUAUUAAUAAAGUUUAAUUAAUAAUUAAUAAUUACGAUGAUGCAAAUAACCAAUGAAUGAAACUAAAGUAACGGUACCAAAAAAGCAUAAUGCAAUAAUCUAUUAUAUAUAAAUAUAUAUAUAAUAAUAUAAUAUACAUAAUAUUUUAUUAUUUUUAUUGAAAAUAAAUGAAUGAAAAAAAAUAUAUAAAUAUUAUAAAUAACAUGACAAUAAUAAGGAAACUAAUUAAUGUACAAAAUUGUUAGCUAAACGUUCACAGAGUUAGUGGGCGAUAUUAUUCGGUGAUGAUUAACGGGUGACAUUAAAUACUACAAUAAAAUAGUGACAAAGUUAAUAAUUGUCAAUCUCAAGUUUAAAUAAAUAGAUUUAAAAGUGAAAGCUUAUCAGUUUUGAUAAGCAAGCUUGGCAUUGAUGAUUUGUCUCUUUUAUUUUAAAAAUUAACAGUCAAAAGUAGACGACUGUUGAAGGAAACAAAGAAACGAAAUUAAAAGUAUAAAUAAAUAUAUAUAUAUUAUUAUUAUUAAUAAAAAAAAAUAUAUAUAUAUAUAUAUUAUAUAUAAAUAAAUAUAUAUGUAUAUUAAUAUAGCAUUUAAGAGGAAGUUUGAAUGCGAGAAGUGAAAAUAAAUAUAUAAGACUCAGUUGUCCAGUAGUUUUUUGGCUAUUAACUAUUAAAAAAUAAAUAUACGAUCAUGGAGCUUGAGUACUUGUUCAACGCAAUAAUAUUUUUUUAUAAUUCAACGUGAUUUUUUAAUGAGUACGUUUUGUCGUAAAGAAAAUAUUGCAACUUGUUAUUCAGCACACAUUCCUACUUAUUAAAGGCCUUUUUUUUUCUCUUUUUUUUUUUUUUUUUACCAAUAAACAGUUACGAUUAUCGUGUUGGUCCAUUAAUUAAAUUGUUUACUGGAGAUUUAUUUUAUCCGGCACGUGUGCGCGGUCGUGCUUUUUACAAAGUAUCCACGCGUACUUCAAAUAAUUAUUAAAAGGGACGGCCUUGCGUUCGGACUAAACAAAAAAAGUAAUUACUGAUUACUAGGACAUUUAAACGUUGAUCAAAGGGAUACUGUAGAUCGGUAAAUGAAAACAAUUUUAUUCUGUUAAGUACUUACAAAGUUUCCAUUAACUUGUUAACUAACUCACGUCCAUUCAUCAUUUAGUAAUCAUUAGCUAUUAUUAUUUUUUUUUUUUUAUUUUACACAACAUUCCGUUCUUAUCAUCAUGCCAUACGCACAUUCAUUAUUUUUAAAAAUAAAAUAUAUACGGUCCAAAAAUAUAAAAUUUAUGGAUCUUGUAUCGCAACCGAUCUGACAGUAAUCCCUGUAAUUAAAAAUUUUAAAAUAUAUAUACAUGAUAUUAAAAUGCUUCCAAUACUGUACCAUUACAAUAUUAUAUUAAAUAUGACACUUUAUAUGGUUACAUUAUUUACUGGACGUAUUGAAGAAAAGUAAUAAUAAAAAAAAAAAAAUUGAAUAAACUAAAUAUUUGUCCAGCAUAAAAAGCUCUACGAAUGACGAUAAUAAUUAUAAAUAAAUAGAUUAGUAAUAAUAAAGUAAGUUAAUAAUAGUAAUAAUUAAUUAAAUAAUUAAUUAAUUAAUUAAUAAUAAUAUUUGGAGAUGUAUUUUAUAACAGUUUAUUCGUCUCUUUUUUUUUAUUUACACAACGUACCGCAAGUGAUAAGUGAUAUUGUUAUUGAUAAUGAUAAUUAAUAUACGUGAAAUUGCCAGUUGGGGAAUUUUACUUUGAAAAAAGGAAAAAAAAAAAAAUUAAAAAAAAUAAAAAAAAAACCAAAAAGAUAAAAAUUAAAAAAAAAAAAACAAUAAAUAAUUAUUUAUAAGAUUUAUUAAUAGUAAUUAUGCUGAUAAAAAAAAAUACAAUUGUACUUCUUCAUUGUAGAAGCUUCGGUUAUCCGCGACAGGCAUCGUGUUCAUGUUCGUGUAAAAAAAACUAUUUAAAAAAAAAAAAAGAAAAAA